GCGGAUUUCCAUUCCUCUCCUCUCUGUGCGGUCACACACACCGUCCCGGUUUGAACCGCCGCUGCCGCCUCUUCUCAUCUCAUCGUCUCCUCCUCUCGGCCGCCCGUCUCGCUCCUGUUUUUUUUCUUUGUGUGUGCGUUUGUGUGAGAGCUCUUUAUUUGUUUGUCUGAGGCCAUCGUGCGAUGCCAUUCCUCCCCCAGGACGCUGAGCGAUUCGAUGGGCUGUCUCUACUCUACUGGACGAUCAUGGGCCCACACGGCAUCAGCCGAGCCGUACAGAGGCUGGAGUUCUGCGACUGCAAGAAGGGACUCGGUGUUAAAAUAAUUGGGGGCUACAGAGAGCUGACAGGAGAGGAGUUUGGUAUCUACAUAAAGCGAGUGAUCGCUGGUGGGCUGGCCGCUCUGGAUGGUCGGCUUAAGUCAGGUGACCUGAUUUUGGAUGUCAAUAACAUCAGCCUGAUAGGGGUGACCAAUGAGAGGGCGGUGGAGAUCUUAAGGACGGCCUCGGUCUCCAAUCACAUGUCCCUGCUGAUCGCCAGAGAUGAGGAAUCCAGGUAA